AUCUACAGGACCAGUGUGAAUUGUGAAUUGUAUCUGGAGAAAUGACACCACAGCCACCCACAAGACCAACUACUGCUCCUUCAUCAAGAAAUGCAGUGGUCCCUUCCUCGAGACAAAAGUCUCUUCCUUCAUCAAGGCAAACAGUUGCUCCUUCAUCAAGACAUACAGUUGUUCCUGUAUCAAAGCAAACGUCUGCUCCUUCAUCAAGGCAAGCAAGUACUCCUUCUAGACAGACAAAUACUAUUUCAAUUAGGCAAAAAAUUGCUCCUUCAUCAAGACAAACUAUUGUAACUUCACCAAGACAGUCAUCUGCUCCUUCAUCACAACAUCACCCGAAUGCUCCUUCAUCAAGGCAGCCUGCUGUAUCUUCCAAACAACUUCACUACGAGGCAGACCGGUUAAAUAUGGCUGCAAACAGCAACAACGAUCAGGAGGGAGAGGGCUCAGGUCGGCGAAGUACUGCUGCUUUGUUGAUUGAGAGUGUUAACCGUACCGUGUUGGACAAUUCAGAGUUACCAGUCAUGCCAGUAUGUCCGGUCAUACCCGUACUAUGUCAGGCAGUACUACACAUACCAGAGAGAUUGGACAACCUGAAACUGGACAACCGCACUACCGAGCAACCUUCCGACCUCAUCUUGCGAGCCAUGAACGAGACACGAAACAUCGAGAGGCUGAGCUUAUCAGUUGGCAAUGACCACAGCGAGGACCCUGCUCUAAAAAUGGAGGUACAGAAGUCGGCAGCUGUUCUGAACAAAAGUCUUAAACAGCUCAUGACGACCACAAUUGCAGACAGUCUUAAUAUGACCAUUUUGGAAGCACACACCGCACAGACAGACAGUAGAAUCACCAUGUUGAAGAGUCUUCUUGAUGAUCACGGUAUCGAUAGUGGGUUAUUAUUUGAUUGAUAAACCAAUUAUAUAUCUAAUUAGUCGGUUGAUCAAGUAAAUAAUUUGUUACUUAAAAGUUAAAGGAAACUGUUUAUUAGAUAAAAUCCCUGAUUUUACGAUUAUUUGGUUUUGAAGCGUCAUUCAUAUGUACCUUUUUGAUUUCUUGGAUGUUUUUGUUGUUAAAAUUAUUAACAUUUAAAAAAAAGUUUAAAAGCCAUCAUAAAAUACGGUACAGCCAAUGCAAUAUUCUUUUUGUGUUUUUAAAAUUUUAUUUUGUUUUCAUAAUUAUAAGAUAUUGAUUUUAAUUUUUCUAAAAUAACUCAAGAUUGUUCUUAUUAUAAAUUGGCAUACUAGUAUUUUCAUAUAUUUCACAAAGCUUGUGUCAUGUGCAAAAUUAUCAGAGUCUAAUUCAAAAUUAAACAAAUACAUUUUAAUGGAUGCAAUUAUAAUGUUUCACGUAAUUACACGCUAUAAAGAAAAUAUAACUUAUCUGAAUCAUUAUAAAAUCUCAUACAAUUUAUUAUUUAUACUGAAUUUUACUCAAUUGUUACUAUCAGCAGUGUCGUAAACUUUUAGUCG